CGGCGGUAAUGGAGGAAAUGGUGGAAGCAUCGACGUCAUUGACUGCUCCCUCGGAAAGUAUCUGCCACAUCUAAGUGACUGCCGCAAGUUCAUCCAGUGUGCCCCGUAUGGUCCUGAAGAGAUGCCUUGUGCUCCUGGAACGGUCUGGAACCAACAGAAACUCACCUGUGAUCACGAAUGGGCUUCUCCGUGUGUGACAGGCAGCUACUUGACUCCAGAAGGUCUGCCAUGUGGAGGAGGUAGUGGUGGAAACGGAGGUGGUGGUGGAGACGGCGGAAACGGAGGUGGAGGUGGAGACGGCGGAAACGGAGGUGGAGGUGGAGACGGCGGAAACGGAGGUGGCGGUGGAGACGGCGGUAAUGGAGGAAAUGGUGGAAGCAUCGACGGCUGCGUCAUUGAUUGCUCCCUCGGAAAGUAUCUGCCACAUCCAAGUGACUGCCGCAAGUUCAUCCAGUGUGCCCCGUAUGGUCCUGAAGAGAUGCCUUGUGCUCCUGGAACGGUCUGGAACCAACAGAAACUCACCUGUGAUCACGAAUGGGCUUCUCCGUGUGUGACAGGCAGCUACUUGACUCCAGAAGGUCUGCCAUGUGGAGGAGGUAGUGGUGGAAAUGGAGGUGGAGGUGGAGACGGCGGAAACGGAGGUGGAGGUGGAGACGGCGGAAACGGAGAUGGCGGAAAUGGAGGUGAUGAUUGUCCACUGUCGUGUCCAGAAAAGGAAGAUCUUUUUCCUCAUCCCCGGGAUUGUAAGAAAUGGAUUCAUUGUUCCCAUAGUAUACCUUUCGUCAAGAAGUGUCCCUUCCACAUUCAUUUCAAUCCCGUCCAACGAGUGUGUGACUGGCCAUAUAGAGCCCAGUGUAUCGCUACUCCUGAUGCUGACUGCCAGAUUCCAGAGCCUGUGCUUCCCACGGAGCCCCCUGAUAUGAAGCCUGACAUUUGUGACUGUGAGUGCUGCCAUCUUUGAUACUCUACGGACCGACACGCCAAAUUUCGAGAAACUC